AUGUGGGUUUGUGAAAGUAGUCUAAUUGAAACUAACAUUGAAGAUUAUAUAUCAAUUGUAUUUACCUACUAUCUCAAACGUCAUGUAAACAUUUUAACACAUUUCUCAUGUUUCACAAAACCUGAGAAUGUGCGAGUUUCUUCGGAAUUGUCAAAGCAAAGUAUUCAGUCACGGUUUGAAGUUGAUUUUGAUCAGAAAAUCAUUCUCGAUACACCGCCGAACACCAUUCAAGGAUUUGUGGUUCAUAUGAAAUGUGAUCGUUUUAUGGACAUUUUUCGUGAUGGCGACCAUGCUUUAAUGUUUCGGGAUAAUAAUUUCUGGCUUUUUAUGGAUAACAAUAUUGAUAUGAAUGUUAGCGAUGCACUUGUGCAAUACAGUUUAACAUUUAAUGAACUUAAUGCAUUGCCGCUGAGUGAUUUAUUUAUUGCGAAGAAAAUUGAAUACUUUCCAAUGCGUUGGAUACUUUUCGAUGCAUAUAAAAUAGAUUACGGCAAUGAUAUUGAUAUUUAUCCAAAUGGAAUAAUUGAAACCAGUGCAAAUGGUACUUUGAUGCUAAGUGGAUUGAAUGAGCUUGCGAGACGAAGACAAAAUCUCAAAGGACUUUCAAUUCCUUGUGGUUUGGUGAUUGCAUACCCAGAGAAAUUCACCUAUGUUGACGAUCCACAAACAAAUCACAUAGAUACAUUUACCAAAGCGUACGUUAAACUGGGCGAGAAUCUCCGUGAAGAUUUAAAUAUGAGUUGCCAAGUGCUCCAAGUGGACUCAUACGGUUGGAUAAAUAAUGGAACUAAAAUGGAAUUCGAUGGAAUUAUGGGAUUAUUUCAGAGAAAACAAAUUCGAAUAGCGACACAUGGAAUCAAUAUGCGUCCAGAAAGGCUGAUGUUUUCCGACUUUACAGGAAGUCUAUUCACGCCAAGAACACCAUUAAUUUUUCGACAGCCACCUUUGACAACCGUGGCCAAUAUUUACACAUUACCAUUUGAAUUGGAUGUAUGGAGAAGCAUAGUCGCUAUGAUCGUUUUGGUUACAAUAGUAAUGCUACUGCAGAUAUUGCACUCGUCUCUUCGAACAACAAUAACUUCGUUGGAUGUGAGUCCAAGUAACUAUAUCAAAACAUUGGACGAUUUAAUAGCAUCUCCAAUGAAGGCUGGAAUUCAUGAAGCAGGAUACGCUCGUUUUUAUGUGAAAUCAAACUAUUCCGGCAUACAUGAAUUAUAUGAGAAAAAAGUAGAACCACUAGGAUCCGCUGGUUGGAUUUACGAUCCAUUUGUCGGUAUCGAGAGGGUUCGGUCGGAAUUAUUUGCGUUUCAAGUUGACAGUCAAUCAGCUUACAAAGCGAUUCAUAAAACAUACACGGAGACGGAAAAGUGCAGCACGAAAGAGCUUCAAAUUAUCGUAUUACCGCUGAGCACAAUUCCAGUUGAAAAAAACUGCGGCUACAAGGAACUUAUGAGACAAAGAAUAACGUGGCAAAAAGAUGUGGGUCUAAUGAAUCGCGAGAAAAUGCGAUGGAUUCCGAAGAAACCACAAUGCCUGCCCGGGCAUGGAGGAUUCAUCAUGGUCGAUCUAAAUGAUAUUGAAGUCAACGAAUAUAUCAAAGUGGUAUCUACCUAUUAUCGUGUACGGAACAUCAAUAUUUUGACUCAUUGCACGUGUUUUUCGCCAAGCGAUAAUGCAAAAAUAUCGAUUGAAUUAUCAAAGUUGAGCAUACAAUCGCGUUUCUUACGUAGUUUUGACGCGAAUUCACAACUUAUCGAUACACCAAUUCAAACCGUUCAAGGGUUUAUUGUUAAUAAGUAUUGUGAUCACAUAAAAAUGAUUUUAUUGCGUGAUGAUCAUGGCGUCAUAUUUAAAAAUAACAACCUAUGGUUAUUCAUUGAUAACGAUGCAGGCUUAAGCACCGACGACUCUUUAGCGGAAUACAAGUUGGUAUUCGAUCAAUUUAAUGCGAUGCCAAUAAGUGAUGUGUUCAUUAUUAAGAGGCAUCAAAAUGAUAAAAUCCAAUGGAAAAUGUUCGAUGCUUACAAAUUGAACUAUGGAUAUGAUUCUGAAGUUAUGGAAAAUGGUUACGUGAUUGAAUUUGGACCAGCCAACGAAGAUUUAAUGAUAGUUGAAAUGAAUUUUUCAUCGGCGCGACGGCAAAAUCUGAAGGGAGUUAAUGUAACAUGUGGUUUGGUGAUUACGAAACCAGAAAAAUUUACCAGCGUCGAUGACUUUACCACUGAUCACAUUGACGUUUUUACAAAAGCAUCAGUUAAUGUCGGGAAACUUUUGUUUGACCUCUUAAAUAUCAGCUGUCAUGUGCGACAAACUGAUUCAUAUGGAUCGCCAAAUAUGGAGGAUGGUGUAAUUGGUCUAUUUCAGAAGAAACAAAUCCAAAUGACAGUACAUGGUAUAAAUAUGCACCCAGAGCAAUUGAAGCACGUAGAAUUUGCGGGCGACAUAUUUACGCCGAGAACGCCUUUAUUAUUCCGACAACCUCCUUUGCAUUCUAUGGCGAAUAUUUUUCUCCUUCCACUCGAAAUUGAUGUGUGGAUUUGUAUUUUAACUAUGUUAUUCAUCAUUUUCAUUGUUAUGUCACUUCAAUUGAUGCAUCCCAUUUUGAAAUCAAUGUCAAUCACAUCAUUCGAUGUCGCCACAUUUAUUUUGGGAGCCUUGUGCCAGCAAGGCACCCACUUAAGUAUUCCAACAGCUUCAGGUCGAUUUGUAGUAAUGACCACAUUUUUAGCCACUUUAGCACUCUUUACAUCUUACUCGGCGACCAUUGUGGCAAUCUUACAAAAUCCAACCAAUUUUAUUAAGAAUCUUGACAAUUUGAUCAAAAGCCCUUUGAAAGUGGGCAUGUAUCAAACUGAUUACACAAGAUCAAUUGUGGAUUCAAAUUAUUCAGGAGUAAUGGAAGUAUAUGUUAAAAAAGUACUACCAGAAGGUGCAAAUGGAUGGAUUAACGAUUCAUUUGUUGGUAUCGAAAAAGUACGGUCGGAAUUGUUUGGAUUUCAAGUGGACAGUCCGUCGGCGUAUAAAGCAAUUCUUUCAACAUUUACCCAAUCGGAAAUAUGCAGCCUCACCGAAAUUCAAAUGAUUGUUUUACCAAUUUCUACAAUUCUCGUUGAACGAAAUAGUGGCUACAAGGAAUUAAUCAGACAAAAAGUAAAAUGGCAAAAGGAAAUUGGACUUAUGAAACGAGACGAACUGCGAUGGAUUCCCAAAAAGCCAAACUGUGAAGGUGGCCGCCGUGAUUUUGUAUCAGUUGGCUUGAGUGAAAUCAAACCAGCCAUCAUUAUGCUUCUAAUGGCAUACGUAAUAUCUGCUUUUCUUUCAAUUAUCGAAGUUAUUUUUCACCAAUUACAAACACAAUGCAAACAAUCAAAGAAGAAAUCACAAAUCUGA